UGACUUGCCUAUAACUGAAAUAGCCCAUAUUUUCCAUGUUGCAACGAAAGCCAUAUAUAGGAAUAUCAAUCGCCACGAACUUAUUAGACAUAAGUAUGCGGACAUAUCGGAUGACGACCUCGUAGACAUUAUCAUCGAAAUAAAACAAAACCACCCAAAUGAUGGUGAGGUUUUGAUGGACGGUCACCUUAAAGCCCGCACACCUCCAAUCAAAAUACAGCGAUGGAAGCUACGAGCUGCAAUUCACCAUGUCGAUAGUGAAGGUGUGAAGGCCAGGCGGUCAGUUACCAUCAAGCGCCGGCAGUACUCGGUGCCGUGUCCACAUUAUAUGUGGCACAUUGAUGGCAAUCAUAAGCUCAUCAAAUGGAAAAUGGUGAUUCAUGGAGGAGUUGAUGGGUUUACUCGCCUUGUCACGUUCAUGAAUAUCUCCAACAAUAACAAAGCCGCCACCGUUCAUAGAGCAUUUUUGGGUGCCACUGAACAAUUCCAAUGGCCUAUACGUGUACGCACUGAUUUUGGUGGAGAGAACGAGCUGGUGUGGCAGGAGAUGCUCGGCAAGCGAGGGGAGCGCUCCGCUUUAGUUGGAAGUUCGGUCCAUAACCAACCAAUUGAACAACUGUGGGGUUUGAUCAAUGACCGCGCAACCCUACCAUUCAAGGUUCUACUUCAGACACUAGAGAGAGAAGGCCAACUAAACACGGAUAAUGAGACGGACAUGAUGUGUCUACACUGGGUUUUUUUGCCAUUAAUUCAGAUGAACCUCACACGGCUGUGCCUUGCGCUAAAUAAGCGGAAAAUUUCUACAGAACACCAGCGUACCCCAUGCCAACUGGAAACACAGUUUCUUCAUCUGGCGGCACCAUUUGAAGGAAUCCCAAUUGACCAACAUGAUGGCGUGGACACUGCAUAUGAGGACCCAGCAACACUGGAGCGCCCCCUCCAACACGUGCAGUGUUUUGGAUUCGAUGGAUUCCCGCGUGACCUUCGUCGUGAGCUGCGUACUCUCGGCGUAGCACAUAAGAUAGAUCAGGGACGGACAUUGUAUCAACAAGUUAUGUCAAUGGUUAGCAACUACAUACUUCGUACACAGUUCCUGUCAUCAUUAGUUUGUACUCAUCUUAUCUAGGGAUCUUUUGAAUUCAAAGCUCUAAAGUUACUCACAGUUUUUAUUUCAGUAAUAUUGGUAAAUGAACCCAAUGAUUGUAUAUAGAAAAGUUGUUCUGAAAUAUAUUUCCAAUGUUGCCUGUAACCUAA